CCUCUGCUCCUGCCACUGUUCGCCGGACAAGCAGGAUAGCAGAGCGAUUUGCACGCUUUAGCCUGGAGAACGACUACGGGAUUAUUUUUUUCGUCGAAACUUGGAUAUUUCUCACAAAUUCGUCGCACUGCAACAAUGUUGACUAGUUUAAAGAGUUUGGAAGUGCUGCCAGGUCCUCAGUGACUGCAGGUUGCAGUCGCCCCCGGCCCCCCCCCCACACAGACACUGUCUUCCUGCACCAGCCUUUGAAGCAAAGCCAGGAGUGUGAACUGUUCUCCAGACAAAUUCACCCCUCCCUGUCCUCUUCAAAGCGUCUCCAGAAACACACUUUUUUUUUUUGCUGCCAAAGAAACACAACCCAAGUGAGACAAGGACCCAGGAAAGCAGUGAGUUAGUGGGAGUUUAAAAGGAAGACCCACAAAAGGAAAUCAUUUAGUUGUGUAAAUAUUUAGAGGGAUUAUUUUACAGGACCUAAACAUGGGGAACCAGUUAACAGAAAUUGCACCCACCACCCCGUUCCUCCCUGGCUUCCAGUCUUUACACGUAGUGGUGAUUGGUUUAGACUCUGCGGGGAAAACGGCCCUCCUCUACAGACUCAAGCUGCGGGAAUUUGUUGAGACAAUCCCCACCAAAGGCUUCAACAUGGAGCGGAUUAAAGUACCCAUGGGGAACUCCAAAACCAAUACCACCACGUUCCAGGUGUGGGACGUGGGCGGUCAGGAGAAACUGAGACCCCUCUGGAAAUCGUACACCAGGAGGACGGACGGGCUGGUGUUUGUGGUGGAUGCGGCUGAGCCGGAGCGCAUGGAGGAGGCCAAAGUCGAGCUCCAUCGUAUCACCCGGUCGGCGGAGAACCAGGGGGUGCCAGUGCUGGUUCUGGCAAAUAAACAGGACCUGGAAGGAGCCGUGUCAGCCUCAGAGGUGGAGAAGGUGUUGUCUCUCCAUGAGUUGAGCUCAUCCACACUGCACCAUACGCAGGGCUGCUCAGCCCUGGAUGGCCAGGGCCUGCAGCCUGGCCUGGAGAAGCUCUAUGACAUGAUCCUAAAGAGGAAGAAAAUGCUCCGACACAGCAAAAAGAAGAGAUGAGGCGGAAGAUUGCCGAGGUGACUCUCUGAACCACUAUUUGUCUAAGGACCUUCUCAGCAGACAUGUCUGUGACACUUUUGGAACUUCAUUGGGUGAACCCAUAGAGAAGACCUGUCAGCCGCACAGACAAGUUUGGAUGUCUUCAAGCAAGUUCAAACUGUGGCUUUGAAGUCUGUUAACACCUUCACCCUCUAGACAUUUGGACAGAUCUACUUCCUGUGGGACUGUUUCUGCUCUUGAGCACUCUUCCCUGUCCUCAUCUCCAACUUUUAAAGGAGAAUGGCUAAGAGACUUACAGCUGCAGAGGAAAACCUGUGCAAUAUAAGAUGAACAUUCACUGAUGCACUCACUCCAAUACUGAAGGAUAUUUUGUACGACUACUCGUACAAACUGUAGUGCCAAGAGAAACCUGGACCAAGCAUUGUUUCUGUUCCUUUCACUAAGUUUAAAUGUCACACUUUGUUCUAAAUCAUUAUGUUGCAUGAUGUUCACCCAGAUACCUGCUUGGGAAUAUUAAGACAAUACUUUUGUUGAUCAAAAGAAGACUAUUAUGAUUAAUCUAGGUUAGUAAGUAUUCGGUUAGGUCUGCCACUGGGACUACAGUUAAAGAUGUGACGUUUACAGACUGACACAGUGAGCCUGCUGAAUCCAGCCCUGCAAGUUUAAAUUGUUUGUUUUUCACUCUCCACCAAAGUUGUUGCUUUGUCUCAAGUCUCAUGUAUAUCAGAUUUGGCUGAAUGAUUUGGUUGGUCAAUUUCAAACAAGGUGAUUUUACAUUGUGUCCUUUUGUUUUGUAAAAUGUUCACAUAUGAAUAAAUUAUUGAGUAAUUUUGGCAUUA